CAAGCAGUUUGCGUUCGCUAUGAAGCCUCCCAGGGAGCCCAGCGGCUCCGACGGCGAGUCCGACGGACCCAUCGACGUGGGCCGCGAGGGCGAGCUGAGCCAGAUGGCCAGGCCGCUGUCCACCCCCAGCCCUUCGCAGAUGCAAGCCAGGAAGAAGCGCAGAGGGAUAAUAGAGAAACGGCGCCGAGACCGCAUCAACAGCAGCCUUUCCGAAUUGCGGCGUUUGGUCCCCACUGCUUUUGAGAAACAGGGCUCUUCCAAGCUGGAGAAAGCUGAGGUCUUGCAGAUGACAGUGGAUCACCUGAAAAUGCUCCAUGCCACUGGUGGGACAGGAUUCUUUGAUGCCCGAGCCCUGGCAGUCGACUUUCGGAGCAUUGGUUUUCGGGAGUGCCUCACCGAGGUCAUCAGGUACCUGGGGGUCCUGGAAGGGCCCAGCAGCCGCGCAGACCCUGUCCGGAUUCGCCUUCUCUCCCACCUCAACAGCUACGCAGCUGAGAUGGAGCCUUCACCCACACCCACUGGCCCACUGGCCUUCCCUGCCUGGCCCUGGUCCUUCUUCCAUAGCUGUCCCGGGCUGCCAGCCCUGAGCAACCAGCUUGCCAUCCUGGGAAGAGUGCCCGGCCCAGCCCUCCCCAGCGCCUCCUCUCCCGCUUACCCCAUCCCAGCCCUCCGUGCGGCUCCCGUUCGCAGAGCCACUGGCACCAUCCUGCCGGCCCGGAAGAAUUUGCUACCCAGUAGAGGGGCAUCUUCUGCCCGGAGGGCCCGUCCCCUGGAGAGGCCAGCUGUCCCUGUGCCCGUGGCCCCCAGCAGUAGGGCUGCCAGGAGCAGCCACAUCGCACCCCUCCUGCGGUCUUCCUCCCCCACACCCUCUGGGGCUGCAGGGUCCACUGCUUAUGCAGCUCUUUCCAUCCCCAGUUCAUCCUCCCCAGGGCCAGCUGGGAGGCCGGCAGGAGCUAUGCUUUACCACUCCUGGGUCUCUGAAAUCACUGAGAUCGGGGCAUUCUGAGCUGACUCCCCUGUUCCACCCCAGGAGUGAGGAAGGUUCUCUUUCUAGAAACUCUAAAAAUGUCACUGGCUUUUCUGCUUUGUUUCCUGAACUGGUUCACAUGUGAAGGUACCUUCUCCAGCCAUUAAAGCCCUCCCUUCUUUGGCCCCUCUCUCC